ACCUGCCCUGAGAGCCGUGGCCACUGCGUCCCACCCUAGGACCCGACCAUGUCCCAGACCGAAACCCUGAAGGUCCGCGUGACCCUCUUCUUCAUCCUGGUGGGCGUCGUGCUGGCCAUGGCGGCUGUGGUGACCGACCACUGGGCCGUGCUCAGCCCCCACGUGGAGCACCACAACAGCACCUGUGAGGUGGCCCACUUCGGCCUCUGGCGGAUUUGCACCAAGAGCGUCGUCCUGAGUGACAGCAAGGACAAGGGCUGCAGAACCAUCACCCUGUCUGGGGAGAAAAACUGUUCCUACUUCAGGCAUUUCAACCCCGGUGAGAGCUCGGAGAUCUUCCAAGUCACCACUCAGAAAGAGUACAGCAUCUCGGCGGCCGCCAUCGCCAUCUUCAGCCUUGGCUUCGCCAUCAUCGGCACCAUCUUCCUCCUCCUGUCCUUCCGGAAGAAGAGGGAUUACCUGCUGAGACCAGCAUCCAUGUUCUACGCCUUUGCAGGUCUCUGCAUCUUCGUCUCGGUGGAGGUCAUGCGGCAGUCCGUGAAACGCAUGAUUGACAGCGAGGACACCGUCUGGAUCGAGUACUAUUACUCCUGGUCCUUCGCCUGCGCCUGCACUGCCUUUGUCCUCCUCUUCCUCGGUGGCCUCACACUCCUGCUCUUCUCCCUGCCUCCAAUGCCCCGGAACCCGUGGGAGUCCUGCAUGGAUGCCGAGCCCGAGCAUUAGCCCCCCUGGGACCCUAGCGACCCU